UUGUGUCGCUGUUCCUCUGCUGCAGCAGCGCAGGCCACAGCGGCUUCGCUGUGACCCACGGCGUGGCCACAAUGGUCGCGCCGCUGUGACCCGUGUCGGUCAUGUUCCCAUUCAUGAAGCUGUGGCACGGCGAUGUUCUGAUGCGGUUGGUUGUUACACCACUGGUGUGCACGUGUGUACGUGCGGCUGCGUGAGCACGCGGUGACGCGAUUGCUCCUGUGGGUGUUGAAGGGAAGUUGUCGCAAACCGCCUCCAGGAAACUCGUCCGGCUUUGUGAGUUUUCCCCGCACUCGAACUCGGACUCGAUCUCGAACUCGGCCGGGCGAGUUGAGCGGCGCUCGCUCGCCAUGGACUCCCGCUGGGCUCGCUCGCUCGCCAUCGUCCUCGCAGCAGCAGCAGUGAGCUGCGUGGUCUCCAGCGGGCGCGCCACCCAGCCGGUGGUGGUGGUGGCCGUGGAGGGCACCAGCGUCACCCUCAACUGCAGCGCUACGCUCCCUCUCGAGGGCUCUCAGAAGAAUCCGCAAUUCGUGUGGAAAUUCUCUGCGGCCAACUCGCAAGACGCGGCCAAGUGGAUCAUCCGGCACCAGGCUGGGGACUCGUGCGUGGCUCCCACGCGGCUCGCGAGCCGCAUCGCGUGGAGCGGCGGGAAGCCCUCGCUCGACGCGGCGCACCUCGUGCUCGACCCCGUGUCCGCCCGCGACGCGGGGACGUUCAGCUGCAACGUCGCCGGGACGACCGUCGGCUCGACCCUCCUCGUCACGGCGCCCGCACCGACAGCAGCAGCGCCAACACCAGCAGCAGCGCCAUCACCAGCAGCAGCGCCACCAGCAGCUGAUCUCCAAUGCUGCACCGUGGCCCUGGCCGUCGUCUCCUGCUUCCUCUGCCUCUUCUCCGGGAUCCUCACCGCGCUGCUGCUGCGCAGGACCCGCUGCUGCUGCGGCUGCCUCUGUCAAUGAGCUGGGCGCGACGAGACCGACUCCCGACUCGACCCCUCAACCCUCGGCCCCUCAACCAUCGGCCAGAGCCCCUCCCGAGGAUAAUGGUGCAAAUCAUCGGGGGCGACUGGCCCGGGCCCCGCGAUUCGGGGGGCCGUGCUUCGCCGUCACGACGUCAGAUGUAAUGCUACCGGUUUAUAUUUUUAAGGCGUUGUGGGGGGGGGG